AUGACUAUCACGAACAGUUCGCAGGCGCCGAUUGCAAUUGUAGGCAUGUCCUGUCGCCUUCCAGGCCAGGUUCGUACGCUUGAUGACUUCUGGACUCUCAUAUCUCGCGGUAGGGAUGCUUGGGGCCCUAUCCCUUCUGAUCGCAUGUCCAGUGCGGCCUACUACCACCCAGAUCCCCAGCGAAAGGGCUGUUUCAACCCCAAAGGGGGUUAUUACCUUCAGGAGGAUUUCUCUCAGUUUGACGCUCCGUUCUUCCACAUAACGCAACAAGAAGCCAUUGCCAUGGAUCCCCAACAGCGACUACUACUCGAAUGUGCCUAUGAAGCCCUGGAAAACGCCGGUUUUCCCCAACAAGCCACGGCAGGCUCGCGCAUGGGGGUCUUCACGAGCCUUUGUUCAUCAGACUACCGUCGUGGUGCUUUUCGCGACCUGGACUCCGUUCCCAUUUUUGACGCCACGGGGAAUCAGGAAUCUAUCCAAGCGGGUCGCCUUUCCCAUUUCUUCAACCUCCGUGGCCCAUGUAUGGCGAUCGAUACGGCCUGUUCGUCCAGUCUCUAUGCCCUGCAUCUGGCGGUGCAGAGUAUUCGUUCUGGCGAUGCGGAUUCAGCCCUGGUUGGUGGAGCUAGACUGCGUUUGCAGCCAGAUGAGAUGGUUUCAAUGUCGAUGAUGGGUUUAUACAACGAGCAAGGAAAAACCUUUGCAUUUGAUGAUCGUGCCGUUUCGGGCUUUGCCUGCGGUGAGGGAGUGGGCUGUCUUGUCCUCAAGCCAUUAGACCAGGCCCUGGAAGACAACGAUCCGAUCUAUUCAGUUAUUAGGAACACAGGGGCAAAUCAUGAUGGUCGAACUGUCGGCAUGACGAACCCCAACGGAGACGCUCAAGAAGAACUCAUGCGAGAAGUCUACGCCCGCGCCGACCUCUCCCCGAUUGAUACCGGAUUCGUUGAGGCGCACGGCACCGGAACCAAGGUUGGCGAUCCCAUCGAAGUCGGCGCCAUCCAUCGGGUGUUUGGGGAUGGCCGGACCAAGCGGGCACCGCUAUACCUAGGCUCCGUCAAAUCCAACUUCGGACAUCUCGAGUGCGCCAGCGGUAUUGCGUCCGUGAUCAAAGCGUCUCUGAUGCUCCACCGUGGCUUCGUUCUUCCCAAUGCCAACUUUGAGCGCGCCAAUCCCGCCAUCCCUCUCGACCAAUGGAAUAUCAAGGUGCCGACCAAUCUGCGCCCCUGGCCCCAGGGCAAGAAGUACAUCAGUAUCAACAACUUCAGCUUCGGUGGCUCCAACUGCCACGUCGUAUUGGAACGGCCUCCCCGUUCGCGCGGCCAGCCUCCCAACCCCCAACACGAUGCGCCCCAGCUCUUUGUACUCAGCGGCUAUGAUGACGAGGCUGCGAAACGCAUUGCCAGGAACCUCACGUUCUACCUGGAACAACAUCCCGGUGUCUUCGAACGACGCCUGGUGCAUGAUAUCGCAUAUACACUUGGCGAGCGACGCUCUCACUUUCCCUGGCGCGUUGCUGUCACCGCUUCAUCUACCGCGGAACUUGUCGAGACCCUGAAUGGGCCAGCGAGUGUCCCUCAGCGCGCCCGGCUGGAGGCUGGCUCUGCUCCUGUUAUUGCCUUUGCGUACACUGGACAGGGCGCACAAUGGCCCCGCAUGGGAUUGGAACUUAGCGACACCCACCCUAUUUUUGCUGCCACCAUGGAGGAAGCAGCACGCGCACUGGAGGAUCUGGGAGCGGAUUUCUCCCUGUUCGAAGAGCUGAAGCGUGAGGCAGCUGACUCUCGCGUCAGUCAGCCCCAGAUCUCUCAAGUGGUUUGCACCGCCGUGCAGCUUGCCUUGACGGAUCUUCUGGCUUCCUGGGGCGUACAACCGCAAAUGGUUGUCGGCCACUCCAGCGGAGAGAUUGGGGCGGCCUAUGCGGUGGGUGCUAUUUCCGUGGGCGAGGCCAUUGCCCUGGCAUAUCAUCGGGGUCGACUCGCUGCCCAGGUUCGAGUCCGAUUCCCAACGUUGAAUGGUUGCAUGAUGGCCGUCGGAGAGAGUGCCGAUGAGGUGCGCAAAACCAUCAAGCAACUUCAGCUAGGAGAGGACAUCACUGUCGCUUGUGAGAAUUCACCCCGGUCCACCACGGCGUCUGGAGAUGCCACUGCCAUGGACCUUCUCGCAAAGGAGCUGGAAGCGCGACAGAUCUUUCAUCGGAAGCUUAUGGUCGACGUGGCCUAUCACUCUCCCCACAUGAAGCUGAUCGCCGAUGAGUAUACCAGCGCCAUCCAGCAGGUUGCGCCAUCCACUAAGAAGGAAAAUGUCCAGUACUACUCCUCGCUGUUGGGUGAAAAGAUCGAGCAACCCGGGGCUCUGGGGGCAUCGUAUUGGGUUGAUAACCUGACACACCCGGUCCGAUUCUCUACCGCGCUGGGCCAGCUGUGCGCUGAGUCCAGGCCCGAUAUCAUCAUUGAGAUCGGUCCGCAUUCCGCGUUGCAGGGCCCGAUCAAGCAGAUACUGCAGGGCAUCCAGAAUACGCACACUCAGUACUUUGCCUCCCUUGUCCGCAAGGAGCACGCCACUAAGGCCGCUCUGCAGCUCGCGGGCCGGUUGUUCAUGGCCGGCCAGCAGCUGGCUUUCCGUGAGGUUAACCAAACUCACCUGGACCAGUCAGUCCCAACAGUGUUGCCGUCCCUGACGCCGUAUCCCUGGUCUCAUCGCUCCUACUGGCAUGAGAGCCGCAUCGCCGUCAACCACCGACUGCCACGCUUCCCUCGUCACGACCUGCUGGGACGAUUGGAAGCCUCUACCCGCGAGGAUGAACAGCCCGUCUGGCGCAAUUCCGUGUCUCUGGACAGCGUGCCAUGGCUCCGCGGUCAUCGUAUGCAAUCCAUGACCACCUUCCCAAUGGCCGGCUACAUCAGCAUGGCCGUCGAGGCGGCAUCUCAACGGGCUCAGCUCAGAGGCCUCUCCCCGUCCCAGAUUGCCGGGUACCGGCUCCGUGAGUUCCAUGCUUCCUCGGCGUUCACCCUGGAGGAGAACGUCGAGUACGAAACCUGGCUCUCUCUGAGCUCGUUCACGGAGGGCACCCGCUCCUACUCCAGCGAAUGGGACGAGUUUCGUAUUGCCUCGUGGGCGGCCGGUCGGGGUUGGCGUGAGCAUUGCCGUGGUCUCGUGGGCAUUCGGCGCCAGGAGUCGUCCACUACUAACCCUGUUAGUCAACGCCGGCCGUUUCAUGCUAGCCUGGAGCGGCGUGAGGAAGCUAAACAGGGUGACCACCGUCCUGUAUCACUAAAGACUUUCUACACAGACCUAGAGGGCCGCGGAGCCGGAUACAGCGACGCGUUCACGCUCGAUUCAGACAGCGGCGUGACCGUUGGAAGAGCAGGCAUGGGGGCCGGCUGGUAUGCGCGCGGAAAGGUUACAGUCCCCAACACCGCGCAAAGCAUGCCCUCAGGCCACGAGAGCCCGUUUAUUGUGUCUCCUGCGUUCUUGGAUUUAUUCUUCCAGUUGUCCUUUCCCGUUUUACGGGCGGACUCUGCCAACAUUCCGUGCCUCUUCAUGCCGACUUCUAUCCGGGAGAUCAAUAUCGCAGCCAAUUUCCCAUCGCAACCGGGAGAAACGGCGGAGGCCCUAGUCAAUGGACUGCCGGCAGAUUCCUCCCGUCCUCGGCCAUUGGACUAUACCCUUGAUGCAUGGUCUCCGUCUGCGUCCACAGAGCAGCCCGUCCUCACUAUCCAAGGGUUCCGAAUGACCCCUGUCAAUAGCGAUAUGCUGAUUGACACCACCCCGUAUCCGUGGUGCUACACUGUACAGUGGGAGCCACUGUCUUCUGCAGGUGAAGCAAAUGGCACGGCCCAGAGUGUCCCAGCGAGUAAUGGGCAUGGCGAGACUAAUGGCAAUGGUGUUGUGCAUACGAACGGCAAUGGUGUUGUUCAUGGGAAUGACAAUGGUGUUGUUCAUGGAAAUGGCAAUCACAAUGCAUCUAAUGGAAGCCUCCAUGUGUUAUCAGAAGACGAGCCAACCGUCAUCAUCAUCACUGAGAGGCCCAGCUCUGAUCCACUUGUCGCCACUCUCCUGACAGCUAUUGAAGUCUUCACGGGGUACAGAACCACGGUCGCCCCCCUAUCCCGCGUCCAGAUCUCAUCCAAGGAUCGAUACAUCUGCCUGGCUGAGCUCGAUACUCCACUUCUGCAGUCACUGACCCCGGAAUCCUUCAAACAUGUCCAAGACCUCCUCGUCACAUGCUCCUACUGCCUCUGGGUUACCUCCGGCGCAUACAUGGCUGUCGAUCAUCCCGAGCUCAACAUUGUUCAAGGUCUGCUGCGUUCUGUGCGUUCAGAAACCGGAAACUCAGCUGUCAGCCUCGACCUGGAUCCUAGUUCUCGCCAAGACAUCGCAGGUCGGGCUCAUCUAAUCCUUGAUGCCUUCAAAGCGUCCACCAACGCUGUCCAGACAGCCGCCGAUGACGAGGAGGAAGCGCCUCUAUCCGAUUACGAGUUCACCGAAGUCGGUGGACGCCUGAUGGUCCCUCGCCUAGUUGAGCAUUCAGAAUUGAACAAUACCGUGUUUCAAGAGACACACCCAUCUCUUCCGUACAUUCAGGACUUCGAACAAGGAACGGAUCGCCGACUCAAGAUUGCCGUCGGCACCCUGGGCGCCCUGGACUCCCUCUACUGGACCGAUGAUCCGGCCCAGCCGCUCGGCGCCGACGAGAUCGAGAUCAAGGUGGCCUGCACAGGCGCCAACUUCAAGGAUGUGGUGAUUGCCAUGGGCCAGGUCGCCAGUCCUUACUUGGGCAUCGAGUGCAGUGGCACGGUGGCGCGCGUCGGAGCCAAGGUCAGUUCCCUCAAGCCCGGAGACCGCGUAUGCGCCAUGUCCCACGGCGCGUAUAGCACCUACGCGCGGUGUCCGGCAACUAGCGCGGCUGUGAUCCCAGACUCAAUGGACUUUGAGACGGCAGCUUCCAUCCCCGUCACCUACAGCACGGCUUACUAUGGACUUGUCGAGUUGGCUCACAUGGAAGAUGGGGAAAGUGUCCUCAUCCACGCCGCGGCGGGAGGCGUCGGUCAAGCCGCCAUUCAGCUGGCUCAGCUAAUGGGAGCCGAGAUCUACGCCACGGUUGGUAGUGAGGAGAAGAAGCAGAUGCUGAUCGAUCGGUACUGUAUCCCGGCGAGUCGCAUUUUCUAUAGUCGCAACACCGAGUUUGGCCCUUGUGUCCGCGAAGCCACGGGCGGACGCGGUGUGGACGUGGUUCUGAACUCACUGGCGGGCGAUUUCCUGCGCGAGACGUGGGAUUGUCUGGCUCCGUUUGGACGGUUCAUUGAGAUUGGAAAACGGGAUAUUACUUCUAAUACUCGGCUGGAGAUGGGCAAGUUCGAGUACAACUGCACGUUUUCCUCCUUGGACUUGACGCUUGUUGCGGACCAGAAGGGCAAGGUCCUCAACCGUGUAUUUACCGCUGUCAUGAGGAUGUUCGCACAGGGAAGACUGACCCCGGUAUAUCCAGUGACGACGGUAGGUAUCGCGGAGGUGGAAUCGGUGCUGCGCAAGUUGCAGAGUGGGAAGACGACGGGCAAGGUCGUAGUGGAUCAUCGAAUUAAUGGGAAGAUCAAGGCCACGCAUCCCCUACCGUCUAGUGAUCUACUUUCACCGGAUGCUACGUACAUUGUUGUCGGUGGCACCGGCGGUAUUGGCCAAUCGAUCACUCGCAGAAUGGUCCAGCGCGGUGCUAGGCAUAUUGUCCUGCUCUCUCGCAGUGGCGCCGUCACGGAAGCCGCCCAGAAGAUCAUCAGCGACGGGCAAGCCGUGGAUGCAUCGAUACAAAUCAAAAAAUGCGAUGUGUCCGAAGUUUCUCAGGUCAAGUCACUGAUUGCAGAACUACAGAAAGAGCUACCACCAGUCCGGGGUGUUAUUCACGCGGCCAUGGUCCUCAAGGACGUUUUCCUGGAGCAAAUGACAUUCCCAGAUUGGGAAGCCGUCCUCCGUCCCAAGGUCGCGGCAGCCUGGAACCUCCACUACGCGCUUCUCCACCAACCACUGGACUUCUUUGUCAUGCUUUCCUCCGUGUCUGGCAUCGUCGGCAGUCGCGGCCAAGCCGCCUACGCAGCGGGAAACUGCUUCCUGGAUGCAUUGGCACGCUACCGCCGCCAAAAGGGCCUAUCCGCCGUAUCCAUUGACUUGACGGCAGUAGGCGACAUCGGGGUAUUCUCGGAAGCAGCAGACAAGAAAAAGGCAGAAGUGCUGAGGAACCUGGCGAUGAGCAACACAAUGCGAGAAGUUGAAGUACUAGCUCUGAUCGAGCUCGCGAUGAAGGGCCAGCAAGUCCCGGAACAAUGCAUCACCGGUGUGCAUUGGCCUUCCUCCGCCGCAACUCCGUACUAUGCUUCUGAUGCCCGCUUCACCCACCUUGUCGAGGCCGCGAAGCAGGAGGAAGGCGCUGAUGCCACGGCCCAUGCCGGAGCAACUAAAUCUCUCUCUAUCACCCAGCAAGUCCGCCGCGCCGCGAACCUGCAGGAAGCCCUCGAUGUUACGGCGGUCGGUCUACGUGAUAAGUUGGGUGACAUUCUCAUGCUUCCCCGAGAAGUGGUGGAAGCGCAUACGCAGUCGACUCCCAUUGCGUCGUUUGGGCUGGAUUCAUUGAAUGCAAUUGAGCUGAGGAAUUGGAUUGGCAAGGAGCUGAAGGGGCAUUUGCAGGUUUUGGAGUUGUUGUCGGCGGGAACUUUGGGGUCGUUGGCGUUGGUGGUGUUGAAGAAGUCGAGUUUGGAGGGGGCGUGGAAGGGAGAAAUCCCUAACUAA